AUGCUGCGAAUCAACUUGAUAUUCCUUUUAAUAAUAUAUUCUAUAGGAUAUGUAUUAUCAACAAAGAUUAGAAAGACAAACAGAAGCUUGGGAAUGCCAAAAGUUGAGUAUUGUGGUAACAUAAAUGGAGAUAGAAGAUAUUAUAUACAGACGUGUGAUAUUUCAAAAAACCGAAGACGAAAGAAUGAAAAUCCUUCUCUAUAUGUCAAAAAAAAUAAAAAAAAAAAUAUUAAAAUAUAUGGAAGAGAUCACAGAAACCCAUAUUUAGCAUAUGAACAUAUAAACAGGAUUAUUGAAAAUAAGAAAUAUGAAGUAACUAAGUUAUUAGAAGAACAUGCUGAUGAAAAUAGCCCAUUGCAAAUACGCUUAAAAUAUCUACAGCAUACAAUGAAUAAUAAAUUAUCUGAAAGUUUAAAAAGAAUGCAUUCCGAUGAAAAGCAUAGAUUGUCAAUGGUAGCAGAUAUAAAAAGAAAAAUUUUUUGUAGUACUAACAAAAAUGAUGAAAAUUUUGAUUUAAAAAAAAAUAUAGAUAAUUAUGAAAUUGAAAAUGAGAGAAAACAAAAUGAAAACAUGAUCAAUGAUAGUAAUAAUGAAAAAUAUGUAUAUCAAAAUAAUUUUCUUAAUUUAACAAACCCUGGUGAAGCAAGUUUAAUGUUACAUAAAAUAGGAUUUGAUGUAUUAAUUGUUAAUAUUGAUAGUUUAUCAACACAAGGAACAUUAAAUGAUUUAUCUGAUGUCAUUAAAAGUACAAGAACAUUGACAAGAAAUUCAAGACCAGCAGUUGUAGUAGAUGAUGUAAUAAUACACCCAAUUCAAAUAGCGUUAGCAGUUGAAAAUAAAGCUGACGGAGUCAUAUUAAAUUUGUCUUAUUUAAGAAAUGAUUUAGAAGAUAUGCUAAAUUAUUGUGUCAAUCUAGGUACUCAAGCUAUAGUAGAAGUACAUGAUUAUAACGAUAUAUAUUAUGCUACUCAAUGUGGUAGUUAUAUUCUUAUGAUAAACGAAUUUGAUUUUAUUAAUAAUCGAUAUGAAUAUAAUCAUGCAAUUAAAGCUAUUAGUUAUUCUAUACCUGAACUAAUAACUAUAGCUAAAAUAAAUGUUAGUGAUGUAAAUUAUGUAGAAAAAUUAGGUAGUCUAGGUUAUGAUAGUAUAUGUUUAGAAAAAAAACUUAUUGAUGAUGAUCUGGAGACUUUUGUGCAAUCCUGUAAAAAUUGGAAGGCACCCCAUAAAACUUUAUUAUAUUUAAAUAGAAAUAAUUAUUUGAAAGAUUUUUUAACUUAUAAAAAUAAUUCAACAGAUGAAAAUUACAAAGAUACUACAAAAAAUUUGGAAAAAAUGUACGAUGAUAGGAAUUUAGAAAAUAAAUAUUCAGAAAAAUUGUUAAAGGAUUAUGAAAAGGACUUCAUUGAUGUUGAGGAUGCAAAGAAAAAUGACGAGAUAGUAAGAAAAAAUGAAACACCCCAAGAUUCACAAAUUAACCAAAAAAGCGAAAAUGUAAAACAAGACAAUUCUUCUCUUUUAACAAACGAUGAAAAAAAAAUUAUUAAUAAUUUCAAACAAGAAAGAAAAAAAGAGAUAACACUUUUAAAUCAAAUGAAAGAUAUUAUUAAAGAAGUUGACGACCAGUGUAAAAAUUAUGACAAUUUUUCUGAAGAAGAAAGUAUUAAAAAAGAAGAAAAAUUAGAAUCACUUUUAGAAAAUUUUACAAAAUUAGACAAGAAUUUUUUGAAACAAUUUUUCUCAGAUGAAGAGAUUAAUAAUAUAGAAAAUUCUAUUAAAAAUGCUGUACAACAAAAAAAAAAAAUACAAGAUGGUGAGAUAAAUGUUGAUAGUAACAAUUUCACAGGGUUCCCAUCAAAUCAAAUGAAUGAUUUUGAUAUUAAUCGUUUAACAAAAGAAUUUUUUGACACAAACGAUUCUGGAAAUAAUCAAAAAAUUGAUGAUAAAUUGUUAGAUGAUUAUUCAGAUGACUCAUAUUCAAGAGGACUGGAUUCACAAUGA